AUGAUUAAGACAGCUCAUAGCGUUUCCAAUUUACGUUCUAAUUUGGAAUUGAGUCCAUGUGUUAUUAAACGUACACAAAGUUCUCAUUUCGUGCAGAUACUUGACGAAUCUAUGUGUGUUGUUCGUGAAGAUCUCACGGAAUGGUUACAACACUAUUUAUUUUCAACUGCUAACGCAUGUCCCAUAGAAGCACAUUAUCUACUUUGUCGUUUAGCAUCAGGUUAUCAAAUUGCAUUAAAGUCGAAAUCAACACAUAAUAAUAAUAAUAAUAAUAAUAAUAAUAAUAAUAAUAAUAAUAAUAAUAAUAAUAAUAAUAAUAAUAAUGGUCGUUCAUAUGAAUUUCUUAGAGGUGCAGUAUCCAAUCGUGACUUAAAAAAUCUUACUCCAGUUUCAUUACCAUCAUUCCCCUCCACAUUAACUGAUUGUGCUAAACUACCACUUGGUCCGUCAGAUCUCUGUUCCUUUUCAUCAGAACCUACUACUUAUAAACGUAAUUCAAAUAUGUCAAAUUGUGAAAUGGAUUUUCCUAAAGAAAAUGUCUCAGUGAAAUCUCGAGUUGCUGAUCGUUGGAUAGCUCGUGAUAAUGUUAGUGCGUUUAUUAAAUGGUGCAAAGAUUUGGGUGUACCAGAAACAAUAUUAUUUGAAACAAAUGGAUUAGUGAAUAAGACUGAAGAGAAAAAUGUUUUGCUUACCCUAAUGGAGGUUGCACGUAUUGCAAGUCGUUACGGUCUCACUGAUCUUCCGUACUUAGUUCGUAUGGAACGUGAAAUUGACGAGUUGGAAGCAAAACAUUCACAAAAUCAAAGUGAAAUAAAUCAUUUAUAUCAUGGUAACAAUAAUAAUACAAAUCAUUUUACUACUCAUGCGGUGAUUAAUUUGGAAAGAAUUGAUAAUGAAAAAAUGGAUAAUUGUAAAUCUACUUCUAACUUAGAAAUAACCGUAAAUAAACGAAAGGCAAAAUCUCAGAAAUCUUCCAACUUCAACACAAUUUCUAAUGAUAAUCACACGAAUAAAAAUUCUAAUAAUUUUAAUGCAAUUCUAAUUGAUUCACAUUCUACAAGUCAAUUUAUGAACAAUAAGAAUAGUAAUAAUUCUGUACAAACAUCUACUGAUAAUCAAGAUAUUUCUUGUGAUUGUAGUGUAUCAUUGUUAUCAAAUCAUUCUUCACGAAAUGAUACUUCAACUAAUAAUACUACUACGAUGUAUACUAAUUCACAUUCAGUGAAUAUACACAAUGUAUAUAAUAAGAAUCAAUGUGAUCUUUGUCGAAAUGGUUCUUCUCAAGUUGAUAAUCCGAUUAGUAAUAAUCAGAACUCUACCUGUCAUCAUCACGCAGUAUUUGAAAUAAAGAAUUCAGACAAUUCAAAUUCUGCUAAACGUUCAAGAGCUUUAAAUGGCUCUCUUAUAUCUUUAGAAGAUAAUAACGAUGGUCUGAGCAAGGUAGUUACAGAUCAAUUUGUACAACAACAAGUGAAUAGAAAGUUGGCCCAAUGUACAUGUUGUAAUAAACUGCAUAUGCAGCGUUUAGAAGAAGGUCGAUACAAGCUAGGUUCGCGUAUUUAUUACUUACGCAGAUUUCGUAAUCAUGUCAUGGUUCGAGUUGGUGGGGGUUGGCUAACAUUAGAUGAAUUCUUGCAUCGUCAUGAUCCGUGUAGACGAGGAAUUCACUCAUUUGAUAUGGAACCAGCAGUUGUAUCUAAUGAUAUCCCUCCUAUAAAGUCAUAUUUUAAUGUCCCUAAACCAAUUCGCCGACAUUCCGAAUUUGAAUCUCCACCUAUUCCACAGAUCGAUUCCAUGAGUAAUUUCAGCAGGCAAUGGUCUUGUGGUAGUAACAGUAGUAUGGAAAGCCCGAGAAGUGAUUCCAGUAUGAUUGAUACUGGAAUAGUUAGCGAGAUUUCUAGUGGAGGAAGCAUUUCUCAAGCAUCUUCUUCCUUAAACUCCAUUAAACAAAAACAAGAAAAACCAAAAACAACUGCUCGUCUUACCAUACCAAAGGCUCCAAAUCUUAGGACGGCUUCACGGUCUCGUGAUACGUCUAAGAAAAAUUCAGAUUCUGGGAAGAAAAUUUCAGAUAUUGCUACUUCUGUUAUACAUUCUCGUGCCUCUUCGGCAAAGCGGACAAAUGUUCCAGUAAAUAAUACCACAAAUUUUCGAACACCAUCACAGCUCCGUAAUCUUUCAUCAAAACGUGAAGACUCUGUAUCAAGAGUUUCAAAUAUCCGAAAAGUUUCGAAAUCGCGUGAAUCCUCCACUAAACGUGAAGAAUCCACACUGACAAAUUGUCGUGCGGAUUCUACAACUCGUCGGACCCUUUGGAAAAAUUAAUUUCUAAAUUUUUUUCUCUUUUUUUAAAAACUCAUUUGGUUGAUUUUAUUUAAUUAUUUAUUUUACCAGCAGUUAUAAAAUUCCAUUUAACUGCUUUUGUUUUGGUUAAGAUUUCUUUACAGAUUAUCUGUCAUACAUUGUGCAGAAUACAACUUUACAAACUAGGCCCACUUGUUGUUUUUGUCAUUAUUAUUGUUAUUAUUAUUUUACUAUGUUUUCUGGAAUCUUUGUACAUACGGAAUUUUUUAAAAUAUCGACUCAUAUUAUAUAAUCUUGUAAUACGUUUAAAGAAUAAUAUUUAUUAGUAUUGAAUUAAGA